UGAUGCAAAUGUGCGGGGGUAAAGAAGGCAGUACAGGGCGGGCUGAUUGGUACAGAGCGCUACUUUCACUAUAAACCACAGCAAGAAUGAGGGGGAAACCAGUCCGCUGUGUGAACAGGGCGCUGCAUCCCGCAUUGGGACCCAACGCAGGAAUCUGAGACAUGUUGUAUUAAUGUCAAGUGAAGCGUUGUUUACAGACUUGCACAGCAACAUCGCUUUUUAUCUUGAUGAGACCUUUUUUUUGUUCUGAGUGAUUUUGAAAAAUUGUUUUGCGGUGGCAAAGAUAGUUAUGCAUAGGUCAUCGCGGGUCUGUUGGUUUAUCCUUUAUGUGCAGUUCUGAAAUAAAUCAUUUUAUUUGAAAGGGUUUAAAAUUUGAUUUCAUAGGCGAACCAUACGUCGUCGCCGGCUUUUCGUUCGUGUUUCUGGUUUCUUUUUAACUAUCAGAUAUGUUCAGUAUGAUGGAACACGAAUUACAGGCGCUGGGCGCCUCCAGCGAGCCUGGCACGGACAUGUCCGCCGUGACCUGCGCCGGCCACGGGGCCACCCGCUCCUUGGCCAAGCAGUGUGCGACCAGCGACCCUAUGGACAAGGUCAAGCGGCCCAUGAACGCCUUCAUGGUGUGGUCGCGGGGUCAGAGGCGGAAGAUGGCGCAGGAGAAUCCCAAAAUGCACAACUCGGAGAUCAGCAAACGCCUGGGAGCGGAGUGGAAACUCCUGGAGGAGAGCGAGAAGCGGCCCUUCAUAGACGAGGCAAAGCGGCUCCGCGCCCUGCAUAUGAAAGAGUAUCCGGACUACAAGUACAAGCCCCGCCGCAAGACCAAGCCGCUGCUGAAGAAGGACAGCCCGGUCGGGGCUCUCCCACUCUCCGCCGGUAACCUGUUGGCAGCGACGAGCGGCCAGGGAACAGAGCCCGUUCUGGAGAGUUACGGCUGGGGCUCCUCCGGAGGCUACUCCGCUCUCCAGAGCGACUCAGUUGGGUACCCCCAGCAGCUGCAGCGCUACGACCUGUCGGCCCUGCAAUACCCCCCGAGUCUGGCCACCCCGCAGACAUACAUGAACGGCACCAGCUCUUACAGCAAUCUGUCCUAUGGCACCAGCCCCCAGCAGCCCAGUCAGCUGAUUUCUAUGGCGAAGACAGAGCCGCCGUCGCACUCCCCUGGCGGGGCCCCUUCCCAGCCUCACGGCCUCCCCCAGGGGGACCUAAGGGACAUGAUCAGCAUGUACAUGCCAGGGGCUGAUGGGCAUGACCCCACGGCCCAAAGAGGCUAUCCCAGCAUGCACCAGCACUAUCUUGGGGGAAACAUGCCCCUCACCCACAUCUGAUGCCCAUUUGCUGGAGACUGCUCUGACCCCUGCCCCACCCACUUAAACUGGGCUCGGACCUCCCUGUGAUUUUCUCCUUGUUGCUGUUACAGACUCCAAGGAAGCCUCAGAUGGGGUGUCUGUUCAUGAACGUCCGCACCCCUGGUGCAAUGGUUCAGCAAGUGGCAAAGUGGUUCAGCCAACAAGGUGCCAUUUCUGACCCUGCUGUUGAAACCUUUGGUUUUGGUGCUUGACUUGAACUUCUGUGUAAAUGGGUUAAGUUGCCGAAUUGGUGUUGGGGGAUAAGGGUCGAUCAAAUCUCUGAAUGUACAAGUGCUUUUCAUGAGUCCGCUUUCGAUCUUCUCUCCCCCCCCCCCCCCCCCCCCCCCCCCCCCGAUGCUAUCGCUAACCUCACUGAUGAUGUCAUGGGAUGCUGAUGAUGUCAUGUUGUGAUGUCAUUAAUCUGCUGUGUUUAAGCCAAGAUAACCUUUGCAAAUAUCACCUGUUUCCUACUGGGAUAUAUUACAGGCUGAAGGUUAGUUUCUUUGGCCUGUGGAUCAACUGUCACCUUGUAAUGGUUUUAAGUCCUGCAAGUGUGCUUAAGGCAAUGAAAAAACACAGGAAGGGAUGAUUAGACAGUAGUUCAGGAGAGAAUGAACCCAAAAACAUUUGUUUAGAGAAAUGUCAUGAAUUCACUGACGGCGACUCAGGUGAAACGUGUUACAUGUGUGAAAUACUUUCCAUUUUCUUCAUUCCGCCUGACAGGCUCGUCAUCAGUCCCCAUUACCCAAAGCACUGCUUUCCCCAAAUUAAUGUUGUCGUUAACUUGUUUAAAAUGUCACCAAAUGUCAAAAAAUUGACUGAAUACUGUGAAAUGUAUUUGAAAUAAUAAAAAACAAUAACUGUUUACGGUGGAGCUAUUAAAAA